GCCCCCGCAAUCCUGGCCAGGCCCUGCCAAAGCCAGGUCCCCACAGGAAUCCCCACAGUCGCACCGGGGCAGCGCUCGGGAACAAGGGUCGGAGGGACGAGGGGAGUUGGACAGGGGGACGGCCCGGGCCUCUUUUCCCAUCUGCAGCUGAGACCAGUUGGCCCGGAGGAGGGGGACCCCCCACAGCUCUGGCGUUUCCGGCCUCCAAGGGCUGAACAGAUCAGCUGGUAAGGCCGGGACUCUGGGACCAGAGCAGCCCCGUUGCACUAAGUCUUCCUCUACCAGCCCACGGCAGCAGUCGGGGAGCCGAGGCCAGGAGCUCCCCGGAACCACCAUGACCUUCGCCAGCCUGCUGGAGCAGCUCGGGGGACUGGGGCUCUUCCAACGGCUGCACAUCCUCGCCCUGGUGGCCCCCAUACUCCUGACGGCCUCUCACAACCUCCUGCAGAACUUCUCGGCGGCCGUGCCCCCACACCACUGCCGGCUCCCGCCAGUGCCCCUCGGCCAGACGGGGAACCUCAGCUCCGAGAGGCUCCUCCGGCUGUGGGUGCCACUGGACGAGGGCCACCAGCCCGAGAGGUGCCGGCAGUUCUCCCGCCCCCACUGGCAGAUCCUGGAGCCCAACGCUACCUCCCCCAACGGGAGCGUCCCCGCCACUGAACCGUGCCGAGACGGAUGGACCUAUGACCGCAGCGAGUUCGAGGCUACCAUCGUGACAGAGUGGGACCUGGUGUGUGACUCCUGGAAACUGACCCAGAUGGCACAAUCCAUUUACAUGGCAGGGGUCCUUGUGGGAGCCAUGGCGUUUGGGAGCUUGGCAGACAGGUUUGGCCGGAAGGCCCUGCUGAGCUGGUCCUACCUGCAGCUGGGGGCGGCGGGGACCGCCACCGCCUUCUCCCCCAAUUUCUCCACCUACUGCGCCCUGCGUUUCCUGGUCGGGAUGGCCGUCUCUGGGAUCAUCCUCAACUGCAUGUCUUUGGUUCUAGAGUGGUCCCCCACCCGGACCCGCACGAUGACGGGGACCUUGGUCAGUUAUUCUGCCACCCUCGGGCAGAUACUUCUCCCAGGCCUGGCGUACGCCCUCCCCAACUGGCGCUGGCUCCAGCUCACGCUCUCGAUGCCUUUCUUUGCUUUCUUCGGCUACUCCUGGUGGUUUGCAGAGUCAGCCCGGUGGCUGGUCCUGGCUGGGAGACCAGAGCAGGCCAUCCAGGUGCUGAAGAGGGUGGCUCGCAUCAACGGGAGGAGAGCAGAAGGAGACAGCCUCAGCAUCGAGGUCCUGAAGUCCCAUCUUCAGAAAGAGUUGGAUUUGGCUCAGGCCCCCGGAACCCCUUGGGACCUGAUCCAGACGCCCACCAUUCGGCGCAUCUCCAAGUGUCUCGCCGCUGUCUGGUUCGCUACCAGUUUUGCCUAUUAUGGAGUGGCCAUGGACCUGCAGGGCUUCGGGCUACGGGUCCACAUGUUGCAGCUGCUGUUCGGGAUGGUGGAUAUCCCAGCCAAGCUGCUGUCCACUCUGGCCAUGAGCCGCGCUGGACGCAGGGUCGCCCAAGUCACCGCCCUGGUGCUCGCUGGCCUGGGUAUCCUGGCCAACCUCCUGGUGCCCACAGAACUGGCCGCCCUUCGGACAACUCUGGCGGUGUUAGGGAAGGGCUGCCUGGCCGCCUCCUUCAACUGCGUGUACCUGUACACGGGGGAGCUGUACCCCACGGCCAUCAGGCAGACUGGCCUGGGGGGAGGAAGCACCAUGGCCCGAGUGGGGGGCAUCGUGGCCCCACUGGUAAAGCUGACGGGUGAGCAGAUGCCUCUGGUGCCCCCCAUCAUUUACGGCUCCAUCCCUGUGCUCUCGGGUCUCGUGGCUCUUGGGCUGCCAGAAACCAGGAACCGGCCCUUGAAGGACACAGUGGAAGAGGUGGAGAACAGGUUCCCCCAACAGCAGGACACGGGUCCCUAGGAGAGGGCAGCUGGCAGCCGGGCCUCCGUGGCGACCAGAGGACGUCUCCCACGCCCAAGACCACGGGGCCGACAGGACGCCCGGGACGUUCCUGGCCUGUCCACACGUACCCCUGCCUGCUGUUCCGGGCCUGGUCCUCCUCAGGGAGGAGUGGGAGCGGCCAGCUGCUUCCAGAAGGGCUUCCUAGGCUGACGAUGCUAAGAAAAGCCAGUCUCCCACCUCCUCACUGGCUCACCCCAUCACCCCCACCCACCUUCUGUCCCCCCGGGGCUGAAAAGCUGGCAGCCCUGGAAACAGGAGGCUCAGCCCUAUUUACACCAUGCCCGGGCAGGCAGGCCCCAGGCCUGCUGCUCUGGGAUCUUGCCUCAGUUUCCCUUUUGGUAAGCAGAAACAUUAGGUGGCUAAUAAAGGGUCUUCUUGGACGUUG